AUGCUUUACCACUACUCUCCCACAGUCGCGGGUGCAGUGAUCUUCUGCAUACUCUUCCUCGGCUCAACGGGGCUUCACGUCUACCAGAUGGCCCGCACAAAGACGUGGUACAUGACUGCGUUCUGCAUCGGCAGCCUGCUCGAGUUCAUUGGCUUCGCUGCCCGCGCAGCAUCUGGCAGAGAGAAAUACGGCGAAUGGACGCUGGGCCCCUACAUCAUACAGACUCUAUUCAUCCUGCUCGCGCCAGCUUUCCUGGCCGCGUCCAUUUACAUGAUACUGGGCCGGGUCAUUCUGCUCACGGAUGGAGAGUCACACUCAUUGGUCAAGCGGCGCUGGCUUACAAAGGCGUUUGUCACGGGCGACGUACUGUCGUUCCUGCUGCAAGGAACCGGCGGCGGUCUUAUGUCCUCUGGCAGCAGUAACGCCGACGCUGUCAACAUGGCGCAAAACAUUGUCAUUGGCGGCCUCGUCGUCCAGCUCGUCUUCUUCGGUUUCUUCAUCAUCGUCUCGGCGCUCUUCCACCGCCGCAUGAGCCUCGUGCCUACGGCGCGUUCGCAACACCCUGACAUCAAAUGGCAGCAGUACCUUAGCUCACUGUACUUUAUCAGCACGCUGAUCAUGGUGCGGUCGAUUAUGCGUGUUAUUGAGUACGGCCAGGGCUUCAGCGGGUACAUCAUGACGCAUGAGGCGUUCAUCUACAUCUUUGAUGCGUUGCCCAUGUUUGUGGCUGUGGCGUGGUUGAACUGGAAGCACCCGAGCGCGAUUGGCGUGUUGUUGAGGAAAUUUGAGUCUAGUGAGGGGCAUUUGCCCCUGCAGCAGACGGUUAGUACUGUGUGAUUGGAGGAGUUGAAUUGAGAGAAUAGGGGGUUCUUAUAUAUAGAGAAGAUUUGGAGUGUGAAGACGGAUGGAGUGGGGAUGAGGGUAAUUUUCUUUUUCAGUUGUCUGCCCAAGAAUAGAGUUGAAAGAGGAUCAAUUGGAG